AUGUUCAAAAACGAGUACCAGGGAGGCCCAUUUGUAGAAAUUUUCAGUGCUCAAGGAAAAAAUCCUGGGACAAAAUGGAAGAUAUUUGGCAAUCCUUCUGUAAUUUGGAAAGAAUUUGAUAAGGAUGCUAAAAGCUUUGUCUUUGCCCUUGAAGGCAACUCCAAGUAUUCUGGUACUGCUUUUAUUCAGGAUGAGUUUGAUCCAGUUGGACUGAUCCAGCGAUUUCUAGUACUCCAGAUUUAUGUACCCCUGGGAAAAGACUUCUCUACUGAAUUGCUGAUAACUGACUUGGGGAAUAUUAAAAGAAGAUUGUUUUUGUCAACAGUCUUCAAGGAGUUGUCAGCAACCCCUCUCCAUGCAACGAUUCCUCUUUUCAUAAUCAAACGCCAAAUUGAUGAUCCUUUUGGUUUUCUGUUCUAUUGGUGUAAUCUGUGCAUUGAUAUGGUAGCAUUCACCAGUGAAAUAUUUAAGGGAGCCAUUUUCCAGUCCUUGGAUGGCAUUAUCGUUUCAGCAAAUUGUAAGCUACGAAAGAUCUUCACUUUGAAAUCAAUUCCUCAAGACAUGAAUGAUAAAUUUGACACUUAUGAUAUUUAUUUUACAGCAGAUGAAUCUUCAGAUAUUAUUCCUCGAAGCUGCCAAUUUACAAAAGAUGUGCCUCAAAUUACACAGCUGCUAAAUAUGACUAAACUCCCUAUCCACCCAAACAAAAUAUACCUUGGACCUCAUCCUUUAACUUCAGGAGAAAUGAGAUUUCUGCCAGGUACUAGGAUUCUAUAUUUGCUUAAUAUGAAUUUCAGGUAAACUGAAAAUACAGUCUUAAAAUUGUACUUUUACAAUCAAGUGAGAUGUUGGGAUGUUAAUUUGUCCUUGAUUUAAAAUAAAAUUGCCUUUUGCUUAAA